AUGGCUAUCAUGCAGCUCACUAGCUCUACAAUUGCCUUGUUGCUCCAUUUCUUAGUGUUAUUUGCUCUAUGGCACAGAACGAAGGCUUUGGUGAAGCUGCCACCAAAUGUUUCAUUUCCAGCAGUUAUAGCAUUUGGAGAUUCGAUUGUGGAUUCAGGAAACAACAACAACAUUAAAACAUUGGUCAAAUGCAACUUCCCUCCUUAUGGAAAAGAUUUUCAAGGAGGAGUUCCAACGGGUCGAUUUUGCAAUGGAAAGAUUCCCUCUGACCUACUAGUUGAAGAGCUGGGUAUUAAGGAGUAUUUGCCUGCUUAUUUGGAUCCAAAUCUCAAAUCCAGUGAUCUUCUUACCGGCGUGUGCUUUGCCUCCGGUGCUUCAGGAUAUGAUCCUUUGACACCCGAGAUAGCGUCAGUUAUAUCAUUAUCCGAUCAACUAGACAUGUUCAAAGAAUACAAAGCGAAGCUGAAAAAUAUUGUCGGAGAGAACAGAACAAACUUCCUCGUAGCCAACAGUUUUUAUGUUGUGGUGGCAGGCAGUGAUGACAUUGCCAACACCUAUUUUGUUGCUCAUGCGAGACAAUUACAGUAUGACAUUCCUUCUUACACAGACCUUAUGUUGAACUCAGCCUCUAAUUUUAUAAAGGAACUAUACAAACUUGGAGCUCGUAGAAUCGCAGUUCUGAGUGCACCACCGAUUGGAUGCGUGCCAUCACAGAGAACUCUAGCUGGAGGCUUAGUAAGAGAGUGUGCAGAAAAGUACAAUGACGCAGCCAAGUUGUUCAACUCCAAACUAUCUAAGGAGUUGGAUUCCAUUGGUCACAGCUUGCCCAAUAGCAGGAUAGUUUACAUUGAUGUUUACAACCCUCUACUCGAUAUCAUUGUCAACUACCAAAAAUAUGGCUAUAAAGUUGUGGACAGAGGUUGCUGCGGCACAGGCAAAAUAGAGGUUGCAGUGUUAUGUAACCCUUUGGAUGCCACUUGUCCUAAUGCUGCAGAUUAUGUCUUUUGGGAUAGUUAUCAUCCCACUGAAGGAGUAUACAGAAGGAUCAUCACUCAAGUGCUUCAAAAAUACUUGCCUCGAUUGUUUUGA